AAAAAAGUCCUAAUACUCGUGCAACAAUUUCCAGAAUCCAUGUAUUUGGCCUCAACGCCAUAGACGUGGAACGGGAGCAUAAAAGAAAAAAAAGACAAAGACAGUCUCUUUCUCUUAAACCAUUUAAUUCUCUGAGUGAAUCUAUGAAAACCAAAAGAUCUUGUGCAUUUUUUAUACAUCUAGGCGAAGUUUUUGAUAAUCAGGUUCCAAAAUUUUUUAACUUACUUGACCAACCAGUUCUACAAGAAGUUAAAUUUAACAUUCAAGAUAAAAAUUUUGUAAUUGACUAUAAUGAUGAUUACAAAGAAAAUAGUGAUAGUAUUAGAUUCCUUGUCCUAUUUUUGGAAGUUAUUGACCAGGAUCCAAUAUCUCAUCAUGCUUAUCAUACUGGAACAAGAAUUAACCAAGAAAUGAGCAUUAAAAUAUCUAUUUUUACCCUAAAUAUUGAAAAUAUGACUCUUGAAACUUCUAAUAUUGAUGUUGAUAUAGAUACUAGUGAUCAAGAGGUCAAAGAAGAAGUUUUAAAAUAUGUUGGUAAAGCAUACUAUAGGCGCAUUACUGAUAUCUUUAUAUAUAUAAUUCCGAGUCUUGUAAACCAAAGCAUUCUUAAUACAAAUAACCCUGUCAUUAAUAUUCGAAUUUCGGAUGAUAUGUUGAACAUUCAUAAAGCAGAUUUUCAUUACACAUUAAUUUUAUACCCGGGGGUAGAAAAUUAUGAAAUCCUAAAAAAAGUAAUAAAACUCCUUAUAACUAAACUAAAUAAUUUGACAAUGAAUGGACUAGUGAACUCAUAUGGUAUAAAAUGGAGAAUUGAAUUUUACUUUAGCAGUGACUGGAAAUUCAUGGCUAUUAUAUUAGGAUUCAAUGCCCCAAAUUCGAAUAAUUUCUGCUCUUGGUGCCUUUGCACCAAAAAAGAUAUUAGAAAUAAGGACAAAACAUAUAAAAUUGAGAAAACUAUGGAUUUAUUAAAAUCAGAUUCACCACCGCCAGGUCACCUCAAAACUCCUCUCCUCCCCAUGAUACAAAUCAAGUCAGAAAAUAAAUAUGAUAACCAUAUAAGAAUGAUAAUUAGUUUAGAAAUGAAAAGGAUUUCCAUCACAUUUCGAUUUUGGCAAAACCAUAAUAUACAAAAUUGGUCACAUACGCCUAUAAUGAGAGGCGACAAAGAAAAGAUAUUGCGUGAUUUCAAUUUUGAAGUCAUUUUCGAUAAAGAACAGGCAACAUUAAUAAACUGUUUGUGGAGGGAUUUUUAUUUACUUUACAGACUUAUGAAAGAGCUGAAUGCAGUUUCCACUCUUUUCAUAGUUAAAGUAAAAGAAUGGUUCAACUUAUUCCUCACACCGUAUCAAGGCAUACCAAAUACUAGAACCUUUAAAAAAGGUCUCUACCGCUCUAAAGAUGUCAUGCCUUAUAUACAUGUUCUGGUACACUAUGUACCAGAAUUUAUGGUGCAUUAUCAGAAUUUUGGGUUGGCUGUGUUUUCCUACGUGGCAGUUGAGAAAAAAAACCAUGCCCAGGUUUCUCUCUUUUACAAAAAAUCAAUGAAAGAUGGAGGCAAAGGCAUGGAAAGAAAAUCCAUUAUUCUUGAAAUACUCAAUUAUGAAAAUCAAUCAUUAUAUUAUACCUAUCAAUCUACUUUCAGUUCAACAUCUAAACCUCAAUAUCUUCAUAUUAAGAAGAAA